UAGCUCGCAUAAUUCCUUGGUGCUGCACUGCCUUCUUCUUCGUUCUUCUCCAUCUCCUUCACACUCCUCCGCUCUCACUCUUGCUCUCGCCGCCGGCGCGAAGAUCACGAUGGAAUUUUCCGUAAAAAUCCAUUAUUUCAGGUAAUUUUACAUAUCCCACUCCCCUUGCAAUCCCCUUUUCGUCACUUCCCCCAUCCCAAAUUUAUAUUUUUACCUUUGUUUUUUUCGCUAUCCACCCGGCCUUUUCCGCCAUCUUCCUCCGUCGAGCAUAAAUGGAAAACCUUGUACCCUCCGAAACCCUAACCCCCGAUCCGCUUCCCACCGAAAGCUCCGAUCUUGGAGCGGAAACCCUAGCGCAGACGGAGUACAAUGCUGUUGUGAAUACUCCGUUCGUCGCCGGCGAGUUCGUCUGGGCAAAAGUCAAAGGCACGUUAUGGUGGCCGGCGCUUGUCUCGCCUGAGAUGAAGAAGGAAUCUGUUCUAGUCUCUUACUUUGGAGACUACGACACCUUAGCCUGGUGCGAACCAAAGCAACUGAAACCUUUUCUCAAGGUGUUUGAUGAAAUGUCUAGGCAGAGCAACUCGAGUAGCUUUGUGCGUGCUCUUGAAAGCUGUAUGAAGGAGAUUGAGAAAAGUCUGGGGCUGGAGAUGACAUGCCAUUGUGUGCCCAUUGAGGCCCGUCCGAAGCCGGUGCUAGAAGUUGGCAGCAAAAAGGUUCCUAUUGCUAACCUUUCGGUGAUGGAGCUUAUGGAUUGGAUUAUGGAUGCCGCGAGGGAUGUUUUUGUGGUGAAUGUGCUCCAGACUUUGCAGUUGAAGAGUUGGGUGUUUGCCUUUGGAAAGAUUUUGAUGCAGGGAGAUUCAUGGGAGUUUCAUAGACGACGAGCGAUAGAGGAUUUGGUUGAUAAGAUUGAUCUUGAUGCGUUGCCUGUAGAAAUGGUUGGUGGCAAGGAGGAAGAAGAGGAGGGCUUGGUUAUUGGGGCGUCGAAGAGGAGGAGGAGAAGCAUGACAAAGCCAAUUGCCGAGAUGGAUUUGGAUGUAUUAGAGGUUGAUGAUGAUGAGGGUGAGGGAGAGGUGGUGGUGGAGCAGAGGAUUUUGCGGUCAAAGAAGCGCAAGAGCAAGGAAAAGUUUGAAGUGUUGAAGGCAGAAGAAGAGGCUGGCUCUAGCUCAGGGAGAAGGGAAAGGAAGAAGAGCAAGUAUUUGUCACCUCCAUAUACUAAUUUGAGAGAGGUGGGCAAGUUUUUGGCCACCUUACCAAAGAAUCUGGAGGAGAAGAUUCCAAGAAAAGCUGGAUACUUUACUGAUCACAGCGGCGAAGAAGAUGAUGAUAAGAGUUUUUUGCUGAAAAUUGAAAGGAUGCCGACUAUUGAGUUUUUUUCAGAAUUUGUUGCUGUUGCAGAGAAUCCUCUUCAUCUGAAAGGGAACCGAUCUGCAAAAUUUAUCAAGUACUUCUUUGCUGUUUAUAGAAAGUCUAACUUCUCUGGAGGUGAUGACAUUGAGGGUUACAAGAAACCGUUUCCUGAAUCUAUAGCUAAAACUGAAGAUGCUGUGGAUAAUUCUGGGAAAUGUAAUGAGAGGAAUAGCAAGUAUGGAGCUUAUAAGGAAACUGAUUUGGAUUUUAAACAGCGGAAGAGUAAUAGCAAGCGUGGAGCAGAUCAGAAAACUAAGCUGGAUCCUGAAGAACUAAAGAGAAGUCACAAGAAUGGAACUGACAGGUCUAAUGACUUAGAUUCUAAACAAAAGAAGAAUAAUAGGGAGAAACAAAGGCCUCGAAGGAAGAAGACAUCAAAGGAUGGGGCAGGCCAAGGAGCUACCUUUAAUUUGGAUUUACACAUGGAAGAUGGUUUAGAUGAAGGUGACACAGAACAAAAUACUGGAAAUAAUAAGAAUGGAACCAACCAAGGAGCUCCUGUUGAUUCAGAUCAUUUUCUUGCCAAUUCUUUAGAUGAAGGCAAAGUGAAAGAAAUGGCUAGAAGGAAAAAGGAGUUAAACGAUGGAACCAUCAAAACAGCUCCAGCUGAUUCAGAUCUCCAUAUGGUACAUGCUUCAGGUGAAUGCAAACAGAGAAGGGGUAGGAAAAGAGGCAAGAAUGAUGCCAAUGGAGAAGCACCAGUGAAUGUGGAUCUUCAGAUUGUAAGCAGUUUUCAUGAUGGUGGUCCUAAAAAGAAAGAGAAAGUUUGCAAGAAUGUUGCUAUAAAUUCACAGAAACCAGUUUUAAUGAAUGAGAAAAAGAGAGGAAGUAAGGAAGAUGCUAAUGGCAAAAGUUUUCAGAAAUGUCUUGAAGGAGGUGAAUCAGGUCCCAAGAAGAAGGUUGGUGCUGGUCCUCAUAAAGUGAAGCCUGGAAGGAGGAAGGCCAAGAGGGUUGACCCUAUUUAUGGAAGACAGGCUGCUCUUCAGUUGACCUUUCAUUCCGGCAUUGCUAUUCCUUCUAUAGAAGAUCUUAUUACCUCAUAUAGCAAGUAUGGUGCUUUGAUCGACACCGGGAUUGAGUUGUUUGAAGAAUCAAACUCAGCUCGUGUCGUGUUUGCAAAUGUCGCAGAUGCUGAAAAUGCGUUUAAAGAUAAAGCCGGCCCCUACGGAUCGGUUGCCACCUACCGCCUCCAUUACUUGUCUGAAAACCUUGUCAAUUCUUCACAGACAAAUCAUGAUCUUGUCUCCACCUCACUGCAAAUUUCUGAUGUUAUCUCUCCUUCACAGCCAAGUCCUGAUCAAAAGUCUGCAGUUCUUAAGCCUGCACUUCCAUACAUCAGAAAAAGCCUAGAAACAAUGAUUUCGACCCUUGCUUGGUCUUCUUCCCCUGUCAACAUUACUGGUUCAUCUUCAGAUGGGUUGAAACCUGAGGCAAGGGACAAUCUGGUUGAUGAGAUGCAGGGCCUUCUUCAGAAAGUGGACAAGAUGCUUAAUGGACCUGGCUCUAGCUCCUCUACUUAGUUUGGAAAAUCUCAUGGUUCUGACCUCUUCUAUUAGCUUUAGGGUCUUAAGCUUUUCCUUCAUGUCUCUUGUAUUUUCUUCAAUUUUUCUUGGAAUGCAGGUCUCUUCUCAUUGUCUAUUAAUUAGUCUUUUAUGUAAUGUUAGCUUGAGAUUAUAACUUAAGGGAUAGCUCCUGUGAGUUGCUGUUGUAUGUUAAUUGGUGCUUUGGUGGUGGCUUAAGCUUGCCUUGCUUUGCUGCUUUUCAUGGUCUUCUAUUUUACUUGGCUACUAAGAAUUUUCUAUUAGGAGUUUGAAUUA